AUGGCCGACGAGCUCACUAGCGCCAACAACUCCCUCGCACCUGCACAGGACGUUGACGCGCCUUCCGCUGCUGACGCCGACGGCCCGACCACCGACUCUCAGAACGAGCAAAUCGCAGCCAUCAUGGCUUUUCCCCAUGACGAUGACGAUCUCCCGCCGUUGCCUCGUUCCGAGAGCCGCCUUUCCUGGCAUGCCACGUCCGAAGAAGCCGCCCAUACCGGGCCUCCAGAGCUCCGCUCACCCCCACCUGAUCCCGACGCUGGGUGGAGUCCUUCGACUUCGCUGGUUUUGAACAUGUCGGAAUUCGUCAACUGGGACGCCGACACAGCCAUGGCAGACGACGCUCAGGAUUCAGCGCAAAAAGACAACACCCCCGCCCCGGCAUCGGACAACCCUCUUGACGCGCCCGAAGGACCUAGGCCUGACACUGAGGAUGCCGAUGCGGCGGAUGACGAAGAGAUGGGUGGUAUGGACGACACGAAGAAGGAAGGUGGCAGCCCAGAGAAGGACGCAGGAGACAACGCGGAUGCCGCUGCAGAUGACCAGCCUACUCAAACCAAAUCCGCUUUGGAAAACCAGGCCCGCUCGCAUCUCAUUGCGCAGACUCAUGCCAUUAUCCUUCCGAGUUACAGCACCUGGUUCGACAUGAACACCAUUCACAACAUUGAGCGCAAGGCUCUUCCCGAGUUUUUCAACAGCAGGAAUCGUAGCAAGACUCCGGCCGUCUACAAGGAUUACCGCGAUUUCAUGGUCAACACCUACCGCCUGAACCCUGCCGAAUACCUCACCGUGACCGCCUGUCGCCGCAACCUUGCUGGCGAUGUCUGCGCAAUCAUGCGCGUGCACGCCUUCCUUGAGCAGUGGGGCCUGAUCAACUACCAGGUCGAUCCGGACACCAGGCCAUCAAACAUCGGACCUCCCUUUACCGGCCACUUCAAAAUCACGGCCGACACCCCUCGUGGCCUGCAACCUCAUCAGCCCGCUCCUAAGCCUGCGGUGACGGUUGGCAAGCCUCUGACUGCUACUGAUCGUCUCGCAAGUCAAACGCCUGCGUCGAAGGAGGAUCUCAACCUUGAAAUCCGCCGCAAUGCCUACGAGUCAAAUGGAAAGGAAGUCACGCCCGCUGACACCAAGGAGAAGCCCGCCAAUGGUGAAGGGUCGACUGCGAACGGAACGCCCUUGGCCGACAGCAAGUCUCUCGUGGAUGCCCUCAAGGAGCCUGGCCGCCAAGUCAACUGUUUCUCGUGCGGCAUUGACUGCACUCGCGUGCAUUACCACAACACCAAGUCUGCCCCGCAUUCUGCAUCGGGUAAGACUGCUGCAAUGCUCAAGUAUGAUCUCUGCCCGAACUGCUUCUUGGAAGGCCGCUUCCCCUCUUCGAGCGCUGCAUCGGACUACACGAAGAUCGAGAACGAUAAGUAUUCAGGUAUUCCCGACCGGAACGCGCCCUGGACGGAUGGCGAGACGCUGCGCCUUCUGGAAGCUUUGGAGAUGUUUGAUGAGGACUGGAAUCAGGUUGCAGAGUAUGUCGGCAACCGGACAAGAGAAGAGUGCGUUCUCAAGUUCCUUCAACUGGAAAUCGAAGACCAGUAUCUUGAGGAACAGGAGAAUGCGAGCAAGACUGAGCUUACUGGAGGCAACCUCUCGUAUCUGAGCAAUGGUCGCCUUCCCUUCACUCAGGCUGACAACGCUGUUUUGUCCGUCAUGGGCUUCCUAGCUGGGUUGGCGGAUCCUGCCGUCACAGCCGCAGCCGCCGGUAAGAGCGUGGACGAGAUGAAGCGUGCACUCCGGGAGAAGCUUGAGAAGGGGGGUGCUCCCUCAGCUGAAUCCGACAAAGGCAAGGAGAAAGAAGCGUCUGCUGGUCCCGCUGCCGAUGCCCAGGUGAAGAACGAAGACAGUAUGGAUGUCGAUGCGAGCUCGCCGCAGGCGAUCGAUACCGUUGCUGCCCAGGCUGAUGUCAGCAAAGCGGCCAACCCCUACGCCACGGUCCCGCUCGCUUUGUCUGCUGCUCGUUCGGCGGCGCUGGCUUCGCAUGAGGAGCGUAACAUUUCCCGGCUGGUAUCCAGCGCCGUCAACGUCGAGUUGCAGAAGAUGCAACUCAAGCUGCAACAAUUUUCAGAGCUCGAGCAGGUCCUUUCGGCGGAACGCCGCGACCUUGAGCGCCGCCGACAGCAGCUCUUCCUCGACCGUCUUGGUUUCCAGAAGCGUAUGCGGUCGGUGGAAGAUGCGUUCAAGCGCGCCACCAUUUCUGGUCCCCAAGAAGGGCUGAAGAUUGUACAGGAGGCAGUGCACGGCGCUGACGCCUUUGGCGAAAAGCUUGGCGUGCAGAAAGUGGAUUCUGACGAGGAGAGAGAAAUCACGCCGCUGAAGGAAGGUGACGAAGGGUUCAAGAGCCACGAGAUCUAA